CCUCCAGCCCCACGCCCCGCUGCGAGCUGCGUUUGCCGCUCUUGUGGGGUCGGCGUCGUCCAGGCGGGGCCCGAGGGUCGCCCUAGACCCCCCCCCCCAGCUGCGGCCCGGCCCCGUGUGGCUGUACUGCCCGUUCCCCAGGGGCUGGCCUGCUCGGGUGCACCAGGGUUUGCACCAGCCCGGCCAGGCCCUCUGGGGGCCCGGGCACGUAAAGGCCACGCGGCGGCCCUCCGAGCCAGAGCCCCGGGGAAUCUCCCACCACAAAGUCGGCGGCACAAACCAGCGUCCGGGCGCUUGUGUUAGGGGUUGGGGCUCCUAAGGGCACCACGACAAGCAGCCAUCAAAGGCGGGCGGGGGAUUGGGGUCCAGUGUCGGCACCAUCAGGAUGCCUGGCUGCUCUGCGGGGCUUUGCCUUCACCGGCUCAAAGGCAGGAGUGUGUUGUCAUCCCCGGGUGGUUACACACUGGGAAACAGAGAACUCUUUCUAACAGCCCUUUACUAGCGGGGGGGCGUGUGUGUGUGAUGCAGGCUUUACGGAGUAGGAAGCUACUUCGCUGCCUCACCCUGUUUGCUUUUCUUUUUCGAGAGCCUUCUCCCUAGGGCAAAGCAUAGAGGUGCUCCAUAAGGACAGAAAAGCCCUUGUUUCAUAGUAAAUCUGAAAAUAUGUGGCCAAUAAUCCUCCUUAUGUGGAAUCAUAUGGAAACUGACCCUGGGGAAGGGAACUCAGGUGGGAGCCUAACUAGCUAAGUGGGCCUCAGGCAGGGCACAUGCCUGAGAAGCUGUAGCGAGGAAGUAGCUGCAGGAGUGUGCUGUAAGGAGCAAAACUGGCUCUUGCAGGGAGGGAAGGAAGAGAAGCCCUCUUUGAGGAGAGCUGGGGCUCCAGAUACCAGGACAGAGACUGAACUGAAGCCAGCUCCGGGAAGGAGGGCUGGGGACUCUUGACUCAAGGGAAGAGGAGUGUGUUUCAGUUCUGCAGGAAAGGCAUGCAGUCAGGGCUGAAGGUCUGUGCUCAGCUUGGUACUGAGGUGGAGAAGUUGCAGGAUUUAUUAAAAUGGACCCCAGAAGGGGAAUGCUUUUAUUAUUUAUCUAAUUUGUGAGGACUUGUAAAGGGCCCUGAGCAAAAAAGGAAAACUGAGGCAGUGCUGUGCAGAUUUACCCCAGGUCACAAGAGGGUGCUUUGGAGGCCAAUAACCCUGCUACAGCCUGGGUUUCUAGGAAAUGGUUCCUGAUCAGCUGAGGUGCAGGUGGAGAUAACUUCCCAAUGGAGACAGAUAGUAGUAAUGUGUCUUCCCCAGCAGAGGUCUGGAUCCAGGAAAGUAUCCACCAGCUCUGAGUUAAUUUCCUAUUUCCCCCCACCGUCUCUUCUCUGUUGUGUUGGUCAACACACACUCUCCCUGUCUGCCCUUGUCCUGUCUCCCUUCAUAGGACGUGGGCAGGUGUGCAUCCCGACAGGCUUAAGAACAUAAGAAUGGCCAUACUGGGUCAGACCAAAGGUCCAUCUAGCCCAGUAUCCUGUCUUCCAACAGUGGCCAAUGCCAGGUGCCCCAGAGGGAAUGAACACAACAGGUAAUCAUCAAGGGCCUGAUGAAAUGCAUCCUAGAAUACUCAAGGAGCUGACUGAGGAGAUGUCAGAGCCAUUAGCAAUUAUCUUUGAAAAGUCAUGGAACACGGGAGACGUUUCAGAAGACUGGAAAAGGGCAAAUAUAGUGCCCAUCUAUAAAAAGGGAAAUAAGGACAACCCGAAGAAUUAAAGACCAGUCAGCUUAGCUUCUGUACCCGGAAAGAAAAUGGAGCAAAUAAUUAAUCAAUUUACAAACAUCUAGAAGAUGAUAAGGUGAAAAAUAAGUCAGCAUAAACUUGUCAAGAACAAAUUGUGUCAAACCAGCUUUCUCUGACAAGGCAGGCUAAGAGACACAAAUGUGGAUGUCACCUAGCUUUCUCCCCAUACCAAUGGAGCAGUUGAGAAGAAGAUGGCAAACCGAAUUGCUCAGGCAUUGACACCUAGCAACAAAUGACCCAGAGGGAGAAGCUGUCCUGGAGUCAUUCAGCCUGGGACCGGGGCUUGAUCUCUGCCUUUCGAGACUGUCCUGCCCAAUUCGGAACAGGCGGUCACUCUGUUGUCAAUGCUCUGAAUGUCACUGCAAAUGCUUGGUGAGGUGCCUUAAUCCCUGAAGUGUGGACAAGUCCAUAUCAGGAGUCUCUCAGCUGGAUUCGCUGAACGCUGCUCCUGGUGUGAAGCAGGAGUGCUGAAGGCCCAGAGGUCCAGUCACAGCAGGCAGUGAAGCUGUGUGAUGACCCUGGAGGAAGGAGUGAGACCUCUGGGGAGGGGUCUGGCACAUCAAAGGGCUUCCUGAGAGACUGUUCCAAAGCCAGAGUGUAGCACCAAUCGUAUGGAUCCAUGGCAGUAGGAGAGGUGACAUCAGGGCAGAUCUGUGCAGUGACCCUUGCUUGCUGCAACAGGAGGCGAUCUGAGGGGUCUGUCCAGGUAACCCCAGCCCUGGGCUCUCUGCCAUGGCUUAGCUGGCCCCUUUGGCUCCUCUUCCUCCCAAGGAGACACUGAGAUGGGUUUCUGCCAUUACCCUCCCCCUCCCCCCCCCACCGCCACACACACACUUUUGAGACCCUGCAGGUAGGGCUGGAAGCCUGGGGUCCCUUGUGUAUUGGGGGGUGGGAUGGGGAAGAGCAGAGAGACGCUAGAAGGACCCUGAGCUCUGAGCCUGGAUUUCCAGUUAUUGUUUUACAAGGUGGGUGAGGUAAUAUCUUUUAUUGGCCCAGCUUCUUUUGGUGCGAGAGACCAGCCCAGACCAGCUAUCCCACUUGGCACUGAGCCAAUCAGGCUCUUUCUGUGCAAAUACUGUCUCUGGGUACUGUGGGUACUGGCCACACCUUGUUUGCUUUAUGCAGCAUCCUUCAUUUGUGUACUCACAUGCCAACGCAGGUGGAUGGGGCAGCGGCAGGCUGCAUGGAGCUGGAACCUCACCGCCCUGUAGCUACCAGUUCUCCCUGCGUCCUCCAGCCUCCAGCAGCAGUUCGCAUGGAAUGUUUGGAUCAGAGGCGGACAGCCCUGGUGUGAACAUGAGUGGGGGAGCCUCCGUGGGGGAGCCCAGUCUCCUGGGCAGGCUGGCUGAGUUGUGGGACACUGCUGCAUUCUGACACCUCCCCUGGCGGAAAACAUGGAAAACCAGUUCUGUUAUUUACUAUUAGCCUUUCUUAGCAUGAAAUACCAACCAAAAUACACCUGCAAAGAGCUCCGGGUGCCUGACCAAUUCGUUAGGGUUCCAACAGGAGGGAUAGCUCAGUGGUUUGAGCAUUGGCCUGCUAAACCCAGGGUUGUGAGUUCAAUCCUUGAGGGGGCCAUUUAGGGAUCUGGGGCAAAAAUUGGGGACUGGUGCUGCUUUGAGCAGGGGAUUGGACUAGAUGACCUCCUGAGAUCCCUUCCAACCCUGAUAUUCUAUGAACAGCUAAUGGUGCCCACCCAGCAGGAAAGCAUCAUCCCACACGCAAUGAAUGAACUCAGGCAAUAAAUCAAAGCUGCAAAACAGCCCUGCUAGCCACCCAGGAACAACCCUCAACCCUCCCCCAUAACUCUAUCAAAUAAAGAAAGACCCAUUAGGCUCUGGUGAAGGGGCUGGUCCCUUCUCCUGUACCGGGGAGCCAGACAGGGCCUUUCUGAUUAGAAACCAGGACAAAGAGCUCUGGAGGUAGGUGGAUAUUGGUUGGGUUAGAGCACAUGCAGUGGGAGCAUGCCAACUGCUGCACCACUUCGUAGGGUUGCCUGCCCUGCUCUAGUCCUGCUGGCACAGGGUCGGGGGGACUUUAUCUAGGCCAUGCAAGCAGGGAGGGAAAGUCUCUCUAAACUCACACUACCCACCUGCGUGAAGGCCAGGCAGAAUAUGGCUCUUGUUGUUUGUUCCCCACUGUGGAAGGAGAAUGUGGCCUGUGUCUCAGAGAGUUUGUUUUAUUUUGCACCAGAAAACUUGUGAAUUACCUGCAACCAUAGGGAGGCCUUUCCUAACUUGGCCAAGGACUACUGCUGAGGUCUGAUUAGUUCUGCACCCCUCUGGCACACUGCUUCGGUCUGAAAAGUGUAGUGCUUGUAGGGGCAGACAGCCUUGGGGGGAGGGGUGUGUGUGUGUGUGUGUACGACAGAAAUACAACUGAUUGUUGUGACUGUGACUCUGAGCAAGCAGGGAAAAGCCUUAAAAACUAAAACUGUCACUGCCCUAGGACUGUGUGUGUGUUUUCACUUUCACUUUCAGUUGAGAGCUGCUGGGUGCAUGGAGAAUGUUUCAGUUCCCAUAAAAUUGCUGUACUUUAUCCAGCAAUAGUUGUCUGAACAGACUGGAGUCAGACAUGCCCGGGGGCAAUGCAGCUAUAGCUGGAAGCCCAUCCCUGUAAGAUCCAGCAGGCAGGUGGAGAAAAUGUGAUUGGCAGGGAGAGAGAGAGAGAGAGAGAGGAGGGACCCUAGAGUUGUCUACCCCUCCUUUUUAUAAUCCCGUCCGCCCUUUGAGAAGCAUUUCCAGCUGGGAGCAAGGCACCUCCCGGACCAAGGGUCCAUUUCACUGACUGUGAGAAGCUGGAAAUGUCCCAGUGAUCCUGUAACUGCUGGGAAGUUUCUCCUGGGUUCAUGAGAUGAGGAUUUCCUUCCACUCGCACUGUGCCAUGGGCAACCCCUCUCUGUCCAGUUACCUCAUUUUCUUUUUUACUGUCCGUGUUUCUACACUGGAACCAGUGAAUUUCAAGGUGAUUGGACCUGAUCAUCCCAUCAUGGCCUCUGCAGGUGAAGAUGCCCUUUUACCCUGUUACCUCUCCCCCAGCAUGAGUGCUCAGAAGAUGGAGGUGCGCUGGUACCAAUUCACGUCAUCUGAACCUGUCCAUCUGUAUCAGGAUGGAAAAGAUCAGCCUGAGCAGCAAAUACCAAAUUAUCGGGGCAGAACAGAGCUUCUGAAGGAUGGUAUUGUGGAUGGAAGCGUUGUCCUGCAUAUACGCAACAUCACCCCCUUUGACCAUGGGCAGUUUAUCUGUUCCUUCCAAUCACACAGCUUUUAUGCAGAAGCCGUUCUGGAACUGAAGGUGUCAGGUCUGGGUUCUACGCCUCGCAUCUCUAUUGACAGCUACCAGAGCGGAGGGAUCCACAUGGUGUGUGAGUCUGCUGGAUGGUACCCGGAGCCCCAGGUGCAGUGGAGAGACCUCAGUGGGAAGCACUUACCAUCCCUGACAGAAAAAAUAACUCAACAUGAUAACGGCCUGUUUGAAGCACAAAUUUCCAUUAUUGCAACAGAAACUUCCAUUCAGGAUCUGUCCUGCUCUGUCAGGAACUCCCACCUCAACCCAUGGAAAGAGUCUGUGGUCUACAUUGCAGAUCCAUUCUUCCUGAGAGGCUACCCCUGGAAGGUUGGUGUGUACAUACUCUUGGUUGUUUUGGGUUUUCUCACUUUCACAGCAAGCUACUUCUUCUGGAAGCAACACAAGGCAAAAGCGGCGCAUGUUGCAGAGAAAGGGAAACUCGUUGAUGACCUUGUAAAGCUCCAGUUUGAGCUUGACGAGCUCAAGACUGAUCUUUGUUGGAGAAAAACUCAAGUAUAUCGAGAAGUGAAGGUGACUCUGGAUCCAUCCACAGCUAAUCCUGGGCUGAAGCUGUCUAAGGACCUGAAGACUGUGACAUGGCAAUCCAAACCUCAGGUUCUGUGUGAGAAUCUCAAGAGAUUUGACCAAGUUUCCUGUGUGCUGGGCUCUGAGGGAUUCACUUCAGGGAGAAUUUACUGGGAAGUGGAGGAGAUGGGGAGAAUCUGGGUCAUAGGGGUCGCCAGAGAGUCUGUGAGGAGGAAAGAACAAAUCAAAUUUACCCCCGAGGAGGGGAUCUGGGGGCUAGAACAGACCAGGGAUCACUACUCACUUCUCACCGCCCCUGAGAGCCCCCUGCCACUGAGUGAGCCACCCAAGAAGGUACGGAUCUAUGUAAACUAUGAAACUGAGCAAGUGACAUUUUUCAACCCAGAUAAUGGUGAUCUGAUUGCCAGACUUACAGCUUCUUUCACUGGGGAGAAAAUAUUCCCCUUCUUCUGGGUCUAUUCCCACCUCACACUAGCCACCUGAGACAUUUGGAGAUCAGGUGGGUAGGUGUGUGUGUGUGAGCGGCGGGGGUUGGGGGGGGUUGGUUUCUAGUGCUACUUUUCAUAGAAUCUUAGAUCUGGAAGGGACCUUGAGAGAUCUAGUAGCAACUUAGCUACUUACUUUGUUGUGUCUGUUAUUCCUUGAAACCACUUAAAUCCUACUUUUUAUACUUAAUAAAAUCACUUUUGUUUAUCAAUAAACC